GUUAUCAUAAAAAGCUUAAUUGGUUGUACGGUAGAAAGAUGAAUCGAAGUGAUGAGUCAUUUGGACGGAGACUUGGCUGCGUUUAAGCUAUCACAAGUGUCCUUCAAAUUGGCGACGAUCAUCCGGUGGCUAUCAUAAUCAACUAAAAAACUCGGUUUCUGCUCAGAAGGCGGUGGACAAAAAAGGAAGAUAUGGAGGAUGCGGGAAAGAAGUUAGUGACGGAAGGAGUUGACUGCAAGAUUCCGGUGACGGAAGCGUGGAUAAGGAAGCACCGUUUGCUUUACGACGGCGCCACCAGACACCCUUUUAUCCGCAGUAUCCGUGACGGAUCAGUCGAUUUCUCUUAUUUCAAGAGAUGGCUGGGACAGGAUUAUAUAUUUGUGAGAUCAUUCGUCCCGUUUGUAGCGAGUACAUUAGUGAAGUCCUCGAAGGAAUCCGGCGAUGGUUUGGAUAUGGAAGUGAUUCUCGGUGGGAUGGCGUCUCUAAACGACGAGAUCAAUUGGUUCAAGAACGAAGCUUCCAAGUUUCAUGUUUCUCUCACAAGCGUCGUCCCACAAAAAGCAAACAUCAAAUAUUGCAGGUUUCUGGAGAAUCUAACAAGUUCAGAAGUCGAAUACCCAGUUGCAAUUUCAGUUUUUUGGGCCAUUGAGGUUGUGUAUCAAGAAAGCUUUGCUCAUUGUCUUGAAGAAGGGAAUUUGAUCCCAGAAGAACUACAAGGGACUUGUGAACGAUGGGGGAAUGAAGGUUUUGGAACAUACUGCAAGACUUUGAGGGAGAUUGCUGAUCGUUGCUUGCAGAAAGCGUCGCCUGAGGUGAUCUCGAAAGCAGAAGUGGCUUUUUUAAGUGUUCUUGAAUAUGAAGUUGACUUUUGGAAUAUGAGUAUUGGAGAAGCGUGAGUUAUGUGAAAAAAGUGUUUGACCUUUAAAAUCUAUGUGAAGUAUGUCAAGUUAUUACUGUAUUAAGA